AUGGCUGCUGAAAUUUCAAUCUCCGCUAGCUCCCGUGCCAUUUGUCUCCAGCGCAACCCCUUUCCUGCUCCAAAAUACUUUGCAACUGCCCCGCCACUUCUCUUCUUCUCUCCUUUAACUUGUAAUCUCGACGCAAUUUUGCGGUCUCGGAGAAAGCCUAGGUUGGCUGCUUGCUUUGUGCUGAAGGAUGACAAAUUGUAUACUGCACAAAGUGGAAAACAAAGCGAUACUGAAGCAAUAGGUGAUGAGAUUGAAGUAGAGACUAAUGAGGAGAAGAGUUUAGCUGUCAGGCUGGCCGAAAAAUUUGCGAGGAAGAAGUCAGAGAGGUUUACUUAUCUUGUAGCUGCGGUAAUGUCCAGUUUGGGGAUUACUUCUAUGGCGGUUAUUUCAGUUUAUUACAGAUUUUCGUGGCAAAUGGAGGGUGGAGAAAUGCCUUUUUCUGAAAUGUUUUGUACAUUCGCUCUCGCCUUUGGCGCUGCCAUAGGAAUGGAGUACUGGGCGAGAUGGGCGCAUAGAGCACUAUGGCAUGCUUCUUUGUGGCAUAUGCACGAGUCACACCAUAGACCAAGAGAAGGACCUUUCGAGCUGAACGAUAUUUUUGCCAUAAUCAAUGCUGUUCCAGCUAUAGCUCUUCUUUCAUUCGGUUUCAACCAUAAAGGCCUCAUCCCUGGACUAUGUUUCGGCGCUGGAUUAGGGAUUACAGUAUUUGGGAUGGCCUACAUGUUCGUUCACGAUGGAUUAGUUCACAAGAGAUUCCCCGUGGGACCCAUUGCCAACGUACCUUAUUUUCAGAGAGUAGCUGCAGCACAUCAGCUUCAUCACUCGGACAAAUUUGAUGGGGUCCCAUAUGGCUUGUUCCUAGGACCUAAGGAAUUGGAAGAAGUAGGGGUACUUGAAGAGUUGGAAAAGGAAGUCAACCGAAGAAUUAAAAGUUCGAAGAGAUUAUGA